AUGGAGACAGAAGAGAGGGAUGAUGUAUCACAGAAACCCACAGCUAAUAAAAAGGCAGAGACAGAGGAGGAUGUGACCUCUGGCCACACCUGUGGGGUGUGUGGCCGCAGCUUUCCUCUUCUCAGCUCUCUGUCGCAGCACAUGAGAAGACACACACGGGAGAAGCCGUACAAGUGUCCGUACUGUGAGCACAGGACGGCUCAGAAGGGCAGCCUGAAGGCCCACAUUCGAAGCCAUAAACUGGGACUAUUCAACCAUAAACUCAGUGAAAAGGAGGGGGAUGGCGAUCAAGAGCAGAAAGAUAACUCCGAGACACCUGACCCUCCUAAAAUCGUCAGCACAUCUGACAAAGCUCAUAAUGUCAACGGGAAAGUGAAGAAGAAAGGAACCAAGAAAAAGGUUAAGGGCAAAGAUGGCGUUGAGGUCGGUGACGGGGAUGAUGAGGCGUCCUGUACCUGCAGUAUUUGUGGCCAGAUUUACCCUCAGAUACUGCUCCUUAAAUCCCACAUGAAAAGGCACCGCAACGGCCAGGAUCACGGUUGCCGGAUUUGUGGACGCCGUUUCCGCCAGGCAUGGUUCCUCCAAAGUCAUAUGCGCAUUCACCGGGUCAAAGCCCAGCUAAGAGAUGACAAAAACAAUGAGCUGCCUGCCACCAUCAAUGGAGUUCCUCAGGACCCAGCAUCUCUGACAAAUGAAGAGUGUCUAUAUGAGCUCUGUGCAGGCUGUGGUAACUUCUUCUUCGACCGCAAGACAUUACGAAUACAUGAAAAGCUACAUAAGCCGAACCAGAGUCACACUCAAAGUCCACCCCAGGAAGACAUUGAAGCCUCUGAGCUGCACACUGCUAAGAGGCAUUUUUUGGAAAGCCUGAACCUCACAUGUGCAGGACCAAGGGAAACUUCGGAGAAAAAGAGCCUGGGCAGGCGACUUCCAGAGCUGGAUCCAGUUUGUAGUUACCAAGCGUGGCAGUUGGCCACAAGGGGACGACUAGUGGAGACCACAGAGAAAUGUCUGGGAUGGCAGGAGAGGCUGGCAGAUGCUGAGGUGGCAUAUGAUACAGCAAAGGGAGAGUAUGUACCCCUGAAGCAGGAGAAGAAGAGGAAGCCAAUCGACACCUCCAGCUCCAACAUUAAGAAGAUGAAGGGUGACACAAGCCUUGAUCACACAUCAAACAGCUUGGCUCACACUAAAGGUGGUGACAAGAGGAUUUCCCAGAAAGACCGUAUUAUGUUGAACGGACUUGGUCAUGCGUUUUAUGAGGCGCUGCAGACUAAGAAAGUCAAAGAUGUUCAGCUCACACCCAAACAGACCAACAGCACCAGGAGCCAGGACCAGGAGGAUAAAAAAACGUACUUCUGUGAGCACUGUGAUUUUCACACUGGCGACGCCUCACUACUCAGGUCUCACCUGCGCAGGCAGCACCAGGACCCCCUGGGUCCGCACAGCAAACACACCACCAUUUUGGACAACAUUAACCAGAGUGGUUCGAAAGCCUCAAGAUACAUGGACUACCUCAGAAACAGGAGUGUGCUGCUCAGUCAGCCAUACUGGAAUCCUUACACAUGUCCGCCCGGCCCGGCGUCAGCAGAGUCCAACAUUAAAACAGAAAAGUCAAACGGUGCUGAAGUCAAAGGGCAGGGACAUACCACUAAUGAUGCUGAAAGUCUCCUUAAUCUGUCUUCAUUACCCAUAAGUGAAGAGGACGGCAUUGUACAUCAUCCAAUAAAGACAGAGGGCCUGGUUAGACAUCAGUGCCCAUACUGCUCCCACACUACCAACUACCCAGAAGUACUUUGGAUCCACCAGCGGGUUUCACACAGGGUGGAUAACAGCAGCUCCAUGGCACCCAAGUGGGCACCCUGCAGUAACAGCCCCAAGAGCUUAAAGGCAGGUGCUACACAGUGGAGACGCACAGGUCCUCCACCGUUCCUUGAAGGCAAGGACUGCCCUGCUUUACCUGCUCCAAGAACUCAGCGCACACAGCCUCCAGUUCUGACAACCAACAGUAGCAGCAGCAGUAGCAGCAGCAGCAGCAGCAAGCACUCAGCCCCCAAGACCCAAUCAGGCGUCCCUAAAUCCAAGCAUCAGUCUAAGGAGUCUUCAGAUGGACAGUCCAGCAGGAGGUCGGGACUCCUACCUCAAAAGAAGUCUGGUGAACAUAACCGGGCAGAGAAGGGUGGAAAAAAAAGCACCAGCAGCCAAGCUACUUCAUCAAGCGGUAUAGUGCACAGCAAGAGUGCCCCUAGUUUCCACCCAACAAGCAGCCCCAAACACAGAAGCCACAGAGCUGCAGUGGAAGGAAACUUCCCACAGGAGGGUUUGGGUUUCAUGUUGGCCAGAAAUCACGGCGGAACUUCAUCCAACGCUUCUGCAGAUAGACCCCAUCCCCGCAGGCAGUCAUGUGACUCCUCUUCGGGUCCAAAGGGUGCUGAUCUGUGGGCUGCCAUGAACAUGUGGGGUCACAAAGCAUAUUUAGAACCAGUCCGUUUCGCUCAGGUCAAGAAUGAAUCAACAGGAGAAAUGCCAAUGGACAUUGAUAUUUUGAGUCUCCUGAAAAACUACAGCCCCCACGAUCUGGCUGCUAUUUACCAGCACUGGGGGUUUGUUGAUCCCAGGAUUGAUCCACAAGCAAUGUUGCAGUUAAAUGGAAAUUUUGUAAAAGAAGUCCACUCCACCUCUGAAGCUUCCAAACAAGUGAACAGCCGCUCCACUUCCUCCUCAGGGUCUCUCCAUAAAGGAACGUGAAGAUACAUCGUGUUCCUGUUGGCUCGCAGCCCGCACGAUACUGCUGAACAAAGAGGCCUGCUGUUCUUUAAAGGAACCAGCCAUAACUCCUAAAAGGACAGAGGCACUGGAUUAUGCACAAUAUAUGCAAAGCAAUGAGGUGGACUCUUAUUUUGUAAUAUGGUUGUUUCAUUUGAAGUGUUACGCAUGCAUUUUGUUUGUCAAGGGUGUAGAUAUGUUAGUUACCAAAACACACAUGAAGAUAUGUUCUAUGGAAAUGAAGUAGAACUGUUAGAGCUUCGUGUAAACAUAAACACUUACUUAGUGGAAAUGAAAUGCGAAGCUACAUUUGCUAAAGGGUAAAGAGGACAUUAUAUAAAGGCCCACAGAUAUCUGCUGGUUUUGAGAGAAAACUAUAAAAAACACCAAAUGUUAAAACCCAGGAUGCCACUAUAACAGUCAGAAUUACACAAGAUGUGAGCUGUGACCUGAACAUUUUACUGUACAUCACUUUUACCUCUCUAUAUUUGUUUCAGUUUUUUUCUUUUUUUUAAGGAGCUUACAAGUUUGUAAAACGUCCGUUUUUGGUUUAGAGUUAGUCUUGUAUUUGAUUGUCUCAACAUUCAGAAUAUACUGCGAGGCACUUGAAUAUAUAUUGCAGCUUAUUUUCACUUUUCCGUUUUAAGCCCAUAUUUACUUCCUGACCUGAGAGUGGACAGUUGUCAUGUGACAAGGAUAGUGGCGGUAAAAUCAGAAGAUUCAAGGUCCAGCAAAGGUUUGCUUUCACAGUCAUGACCCCACUGUAAGGCACUAUGGGGGGCGUUAAAUCAACCUUUAGCACUAGUAUGCACAGGGUGCACUGGUAAUAUUAUUAUAAUCACACUGAACUCAAAUUACUGGACAAAUAAUAUCUGCUGAACAUUACAUUUGAAACACGCAGAUACUUAAAAAAAAUGAAAAAAUAAAAAUGCUUUUUGUGCAAAUACUACAAAACCUCAACAUUGUGACAGAACAUACUCAGGGCAAUUAGAUUUUCUUUCUUUAUUGCAAAUUCACUUUUGAUCAGUUUAUACUCAAAUACACACAUAUAUAUUUAAAUCAUCAGUGUCAGUGUUCUUGUCUUCUGCUACUGUCAGUGACCAACUUGCUCACUUCCAGUUUGCAGAUUAUACAAUUUAUUGUAAAUCAACAACAACUAGGGUAGCAUUAAAUCCUUAUCUUUUUGACCGUUGACGAUGGUUGAUAUCACUCAACAUAUAUCAAAUCCAUAGCUACAGGCAAAUCCAACAUCCAGAACAGACAAUCAGUUUCAUGUAAAGAUAAAGAUAAAUGUACCUGAAUUGGUCGCUAUCGUCUUAGCAAGUCUGUCAAACAAGUUUUAAUGUCAAGUGACUGAUUAACAAUGACAUGUGGUGUCCUGCUUUAUGAUUCUAAGUUUGAAUUUAAAUGCUAUAAUUUGUCCUUUUUUUUUCUACUAUCAGGAAGAUAGCGUAAACAUCUGCACUUAUUACACAUUGUGCUCGUGAUGUAGCAAUUUAAUGCUGUGAUUUUUAGAAGUAGAAACUGUAGUGAACAAUUUCUACUGACGUGGCCCCGACUUUACAUCUGCCAGUCAAGCUACUAAAGAAACUGAAACAAUAUUUUGUUUUUGCUUUUAUGAAAUACACCUCAUUCUCAAAAUUUGUUUUCAUGUGUUUUCUGUUUGCAGAUUUGUUUAGUAUGUUUAUAUUUUUUAGUUCUGAGUCAGUGUAUUCAUCUCCCAUAGAGAAAUAGUCUAUGCAUUUGACAAAAAAGCCAUCAACUUAUGGAUUCUUGGGAGAUCUUGAGAAUACAUAAUUUAUUAUUGACUUUGAUCUGUGUGGAAAACUGUUUUUUGAUAAAUGUUGUUAAUGAUUGUUUUAUUUAAUGGUAUUUUUGUUCGCUAAGAGUGGACUUUUAACAAUCCUAGGUACUUGAUAUUUGUAGUAAUAACAGAAAAUGUAAAAAAAAAAA